AUGUUGGUAUUGGCUGCAUUAAUUUUUAUAUUUGGUUUAGUCUUAUACUAUCACAUUAAAAUGCCAUAUAAAUUUCCUCCAGGUCCAUCAUUUAAUAUUCCAAUUAUCGGACAUUCUCAUCUUGUGAGAAAGCUUUCCAAAAAGUACGGUGGACAACAUAAAGCAUUCGAGAGUCUCUUAGAAAAGUACGGUGGUCCAAUUUUGGGUUUAAAGUUAGGCAGAGAAUUGGUGAUUGUUGCCUUUACUUAUGACAUUGUCAAAGAGAUUCACACAAGAGAAGAGUUUGAUGGUCGACCCGAUAAUUUCUUUCUUAGACUUCGAACAAUGGGAACAAGACUGGGCAUCACAUGCACUGAUGGAAAAUUAUGGAACGAGCAAAGAAGCUUCGUGGUAAGACAAUUAAGAAAUGUUGGCUAUGGAAAGUCUAAGAUGGAAGAUCAAAUUCAAAGUGAAUUGAAAGAACUCACUCAACUUAUUGAAGAUUUCGAUGGCAAACCUGUUUGGCCGAUGAAAGAACUGCUUCCGCCAAGUGUAAUUAACAUUUUAUGGGUCUUCACAACUGGGAAGAGAAUUCAUCGUAAUGAUGAAAGACUUUUAAAUUUCCUAAAUUUACUUCAAAAGAGAUCUAAGGCAUUUGACAUGUCUGGCGGUAUUUUAACUUCAAUGCCUUACUUGAGAUUCUUUGCACCUGAAAAAACUGGCUACAAUUUAAUUAAAGGUUUGAAUGCAGAAUUUUACAAAUUUUUCAUGGAAAUCAUCGAAGAACAUCUUGCAACUUAUAGUGAAGAAAAGUCGAAUGACGAUUUAAUUUACGCUUACAUCAAAGAGAUGAAAGUUCAAAAAGAAAAUCCCGACACAUCUUUUACACUUCUUCAGUUAGUGAUGAUAAUUCUUGACAUUUUCAUUGCUGGUUCACAAACCACCAGCACAACAAUAGAUUUGGCAUUGAUGGUGACUUUAAUGCGACCAGAUCUACAUGAAAAGUGCGUUAAAGAAAUCAACGAAGUUUUGGGAAGGAAUGAAACGCCGAGUUAUGCUUUACGAUCCCAAAUGCCGUUUAUUGAAGCAAUGAUACUUGAGGUUCAAAGAUUCUUUCAUGUCACUCCUUUAACAGGACCUCGUCGUGUUUUAAAAACUUGUGAACUUGGUGGAUACAGAAUUCCUAAGGAUUCAACUGUCCUGAUAAGUUUAAGAUCUGUUCAUAUGGAUCCAGAAUUUUGGAAAGAUCCAGAAGUGUUCCGACCUGAGAGAUUUCUUGAUCAAAACAUGAUAGUUAAGAAUUUAGACAGAUUAAUUCCUUUCGGAGCUGGAAGACGAAAGUGUCUCGGUGAUCAACUUGCAAAAGCAUGCAUCUUCACAUUUUAUGUCGGAAUUCUACAGAAAUUCAAUUUAAAAUCUGUAGAAAAUGAAUUUCCUUCAUUAGAUUUACUACCGGGAAUAAUUCUCAGUCCUAAGCCUUAUAAAGUGAUUUUUGAAAAGAAAUUUUAAGGAAGUGAAUUUAAA